AUGAAAAUAGCAGAAGCCCUCUCGAGUAUUUAUGUCCGAGAAGCAUCCUACCAAUUCAAUGAUGGUGUCAGGCGAAGGGGAGAAGCCAGGCUUCUUGACGAACUCAGCGUCACUGGUAAUAAUAUCGCCCUGAAUGCGAUUCUAAACGUACUCAGAUACAUCUUCUCCCUAGUCGUGCCGCUCGAGCCCUCGGAUCGACCGAUGAUGCUUAGGUCCAAGAGUAUACGCGAUGAUAUAAGAGCCCACAUUCACCGUCGACUUUACUUGUUCCCAGCAAUAAUUGCGAAUUAUGUAGCACCCACACCAGAAGCAGGUGUUGAGGAUGUUCUUUAUCAAUUGCUCGCAGGUAGACUUCAGGAGUUCAUUGAUCUACACACGCGAGGUCUACUUCUGCAGGCACUACCAACCCAGCCUCCAACCCAGGCACCGGCUCAGCCUCAAUAUCAGCCGUUUCGUCAAUUCCAGGUACAGCGCCCAGUCGGCACUGAACUGAUGGGCCGGCUCCAACCCGUGCAUUCGCUUCAAAACAACCCAUUUAGUGAAUACCAGGCACAGGUUCCAGCCCAGCCGCAAGUCCAGGACCAGCCUCAAAUCCAGAACAAGCCAUAUGGAUAUACUACUUUCGUAGCAAACCGUUCACGCCAAUCUGAGGCCCAGGAUCAGCCUCAACCCCAGCUGCAGCCUCUUCCCCGUCCGCAGUAUCAACCCGCACGGCCGUCACCCAAGCGGCAAAGGAGCCCAAGUCCAGCGACCGGUUCAAAGCGACCUAGAACAGAUAAAACAGAUGAAGCCCCUCUACCCGUUAAGACUAAAGCUCCGACCAGCGCAGUUGACCCAGAUAUAGAUCCCGCCUUGAAAAACUAUGUAAGCCCGCUUGCUACGAAUGAGCAACAGACACAACAACAGCCGCAACAACAGCCGCAACAACAGCCGCAACAACAGCCGCAACAACAGCCGCAACAACAGCCGCAACAACAGCCGCAACAACAGCCCGAAGAAGAAGAGGACUUCGAAACAUCACCCCAAGAGCAGGCAUACUUAAGGCAGUUGCUUGAAUCUCAGAAAGUCCAGCAGAAACUGGCCGCACAAGAAGAGGAAUUGGGAAUGUCAUACGGAAAUAUGAUGCUUUUACAGCAGUCCAAUGCCACUGAUGGCCAACAAAUGGAAGUAGGGCCAGUUACCACUUGGACUAAUGUGCAACAGACACAAGGACAGGUCGGGCAGCAACCUGAGCCGAGAUUGUCACCUCAAGAAGUGACAUCUUCAGAGCAAUUCAACACCUUUACUAAUGAUCAGCAGAGCGAAGAACAGACAGACGAGCCGACGGAUAAGCAGAUGGACGAUCCAAUGGACGAGACGAUGGAUGAGCCUAUGGACCAACAGAUAGAAGAAUUGACCGAAGAACAGAUGCAAGAAGCAGCGUAUGAAGAGGAGUUCAACGCCCUGAUGAAUGUGGACGAGAUGGAAGAAUAG